AUGUCGAGACCGCUAGAUGAUCUCUCCUCCGACGAGAAGAAUGGCAUUUCGUCACAGUCGGUGCGCGCAGACAAUACGGGUACAUUCGCAGAUGGUGGUCACAACAAGUUCUACGCACCGAUUGGAAAAUAUGAGGGCGCCCACAGAUACGAUCCCAACGUUCAAUGGUCGGAUUUAGAAGAGAAGCAGCUCAUCAGAAAGCUUGACUUCAAGAUCUGUUCAUGGGCGUGCUUGAUGUUCUUCGCGCUUCAGCUCGACAGAGGCAACAUCCAACAGGCACUAUCCGACAACAUGCUCAACGAUCUAGGUUUAACCACCAACCAGUAUAACUAUGGCCAAACCAUCUUCUAUCUCAGCUUUCUAUGCGCUGAGCUGCCCUCGCAGAUGAUAAGCAAGAAACUUGGGCCCGAUGUCUGGAUCCCGAUCCAGAUGGUAUCCUGGAGCAUUGUCGCGUGCUCUCAAAGCCGUAUAACCGGCGAGUCGUCUUUCUACGCAACCCGUGCUCUCAUGGGUCUCAUUGAGGGUGGCUUUAUUCCGGAUGUCGUGCUUUACCUCUCAUACUUUUACAAGGGCAAAGAGCUUCCCGUCCGCCUGGCUUUCUUCUGGUCUUCCUACAUCAUGACCUACGUCAUCUCGGCAUUCUUGGCCUACGGGAUACUCCACCUCCGUGGUGUGACGGGAUGGGCAGGAUGGCGGUGGCUCUUUGCUCUGGAAGGUGGACUGACGGCGAUCAUUGGCUUGCUCUCUUGGUUCUACUUACCGCCGUCGCCGACGCAAACUGCUAGCUGGUUCCGAGGCAAAGACGGAUGGUUUUCGGAACGCGAGGAAAAGAUCAUGGGUGACAUGCAUAAUCGCCAAGGUCUUACGCCUAAGCUGCUGUGGCAAGCAAUGAAAGACUACGACCUGUGGCCCGUUUACUUCUACGGGCUUACGUGGUCGAUCCCGUCCACCCCAAUCACAGCAUAUCUCACACUCAACCUGAAGAACCUGGGUUUCGAUACUUUCCAGACCAACCUACUAACCAUCCCUGCUUACGUGCUGUUUCUGUUGCAGCUCCUCUUUUGGACUUGGUACUCGGAGAGGAUCAACAAUAGAUUCUUGAUAGUUCUCGUCACCCAGAUCUGGGUGCUCCCGCUGGUCAUUGCCUUGGAAGUUCUGCCGUCCAACGCCAGCCCGUGGGCGUGGUACGCGCUGAGCGCCUUGUUGAUCGGCAACCCUUAUACGCAUGCAAUUGUGGUGGCUAUCACUUCCAGGAAUGCGGGCACGGUACGCACACGCACCGUCGGCAGCGCUUUCUACAAUAUGUGCGUCCAAGCAAGUAACAUCAUCUCGUCGAAUAUUUACCGGACGGAGGACUCACCCUACUACCGAACCGGCAACAAGGUUCUUCUUGCAAUUAUUGCGUACAACAUCGUCUACGUGUUCUGCAUGAAGGGCUUUUACAUGUGGAGAAAUAAGCAGAAGGAGGCGAAAUGGAGCACCCUGACGACCGAGGAGAAAGACGAGUACUUGAAAACUACCACGGACCAAGGGAGCAAGAGGCUUGAUUUCAGAUUUGCUCAUUAG